GACAACGUUCCUAACUCUUGCCAGUGUACAAGCACUUGCUCUACGAAAGCAGGAAGAAAAAGGACUGGAUGUCCUUGCAAAACAGCCGGUCGCUACUGCGGAGAGGCUUGUUCGUGCAGUCGACGAAAGCCGUGCAAGAACAGAGAGGUGGGGAAACAAAGCUCGGUUGAGGUCUAAAAUUCGCUAGUAGGAAGUACUAGUACAGUUUGCGAUUUCUUUUUUAUCAUGUGAAGGCUGCAUCCGUGGCAUCCCAAGGAUGGGGAUUCGUGCAAGGACCGCCAGGCCAACCAGAUAAUGGUCUUACGGAGGAGCAAGAACGGGACAUGGAAAAUCGACGAGUGAAGGUACAAUACUGA